AGUGAUGGCGACUUGAUGCGUUUGAUUCAGGCACGUUGGGGCGAUGAGAGCUUUGCACUAUGCUCAACCGAACAGGAACAGUCUCGCAGCCGUCUAUGUGUUAUAAGAUGUCAGCGUAAUCGUUGUUCCUCCUCUUCCACAUUACGUAAAUGUAGAUCUGUCCUCGCAAGGAUGGAUAAACCCAAACCUGCUGCAAGCAAGGUGUCCGACAGGAGAGAAGCAAUCUUGAAAACAAUCGAGAGACGCGAUGCCUGCAAGAAGCGAGCAGCCCAGAUUGUGGAAGAUAUGCUGGAGGCACCCCUUUCCGAGGAGUGGGUGUUGAGUGUCUUGCAUCACUUGUCUCAGCAAGAUUAUCAAGAUGCUGCUGAAGAACGAGCCAUAAUGCUGCUCUGUGGAUAUCCACUUUGCAACAACAAAAUUCCUCAGGUGCCAAAACAAAAAUAUCAUAUAUGCGUGAAAUCUAAAAAGGUGUACGACAUCACCUACCGGAAGCAAUUCUGCAGCGAUACCUGCUACCGUGCUUCCAACUUCCUCAAGGCACAGCUGUGGGACGGACCCUUGUGGCUCAGGGACGAAGCAGACGCCCUGGGAAAGUACAAGCUGUACCAAGAUCAGAGGCAUCGGCCUCGGAGGUAG